CUGAUAGCACGUACGCACAACUUGUGAUAAUGUUUUGAGUAGUUAGUAAACUGUGUUAUCUUCAAACGGCCGCCACACACCUAGGACACAGCCAGUGAUUUUUCCGACAAAUGGCCACCAUCAUCCUUUGCUCAUUUAACAAAACGGCUCAGGUUACGUCGAGGCGAUGUUUCAUUUCACAUUUAAAGGGACUUGCUAGUGCAGGACAGUCACACUUGCCGUCAUGCUCCAUUCACAGCACGUCGUUGACGUUGCUUACAGGAACGAGAUGGUUUUCUAGGGGUACCGGCGUGCGAUUCAUGUCCCAUGGGACCGCAGGCAGAGCCGCAGCUGGACGGAUCAGAAGAGGGGCCUUGGCGCUUUGUGGAGCUGCAGCUGUAACAGCUGCUGCGGCUGUAGCGGGAUUUUUGGCAAACGCUAGCCACUUCCAGCGUGCUGAAAUGGCAAAGAAAAUACCCCAAACCGUGGAGGAGGAAGAGGGCGAUAUCUUGGAAAAAUGCAAAGGGCUCAUGUCUCCUCCAGUCACGGACGUCAAUGUCCUGCAGAGGAGGAAAGGUGAGAUGUGCACGAAGAUGGAGAUGCUGAUCAUGGAGACGCAGGCGGACUUCUGCAGAGCCUUGGAGAAGGUGGAUGGUGGGAGGUUUAAGGUGGACCGGUGGGAGAGGAAAGAAGGUGGUGGAGGAAUCAGCUGUGUGAUGCAGGAUGGAAAGGUGUUUGAGAAGGCGGGAGUCAAUGUGUCAGUGGUGUCUGGGUACCUGACAGAAGAGGCUGCCAAACAGAUGAGGAGCCGAGGGAAAGUCCUCAAAGGGAAAGAUGGAAAGUUGCCAUUCUGUGCCAUGGGGGUGAGCUCUGUCAUCCAUCCCAAGAACCCCCACAUCCCCACAGUGCACUUCAAUUACAGAUACUUUGAAAUAGAGGAGGAAGAUGGCUCUAAGCAGUGGUGGUUUGGGGGAGGAACAGAUCUGACUCCAAUUUAUAUCAACAAAGGAGAUGCAUUUCACUUCCACAACACGCUGAAGGAGGCCUGUGACAAGCACCAUCCGCAGUACUACAGCAACUUCAAGAAAUGGUGUGACAGAUACUUCUACAUCCCGCACAGAGGAGAGACUCGGGGUAUUGGAGGGAUCUUCUUUGAUGACCUGGACGGCCCCGGUCAGGAGGAGGUGUUCAGCUUUGUUAAGAGCUGUGCCCGCACUGUGGUGCCCUGCUACAUACCAAUAGUAAACAAACACCUUAAAGACACCUUUACCGCUGAGGAAAAAGACUGGCAGCAGGUACGACGAGGCAGGUAUGUGGAGUUCAACCUGGUGUAUGACAGGGGAGUAAAGUUUGGCUUGGCCACACCUGGCUCCAGAAUUGAGAGCAUCCUCAUGUCCCUCCCCCUCACUGCCAGGUGGGAGUACAUGCAUGAGCCUGCCGAAGGUACCCUGGAGGCUGAGAUGUUGGAGGUGUUACGAAACCCAAAGGAGUGGGUGUGACGACAAUGUACACAGUUUUACACGUCAAUGUGGACAUAUCAGGAAAUUGUUGUUUUAUAAUGGUAUGACCUGUGUUUUUAUCUGCGCCACUUUUCUCUGUACCCUGUUUACUGAUUUGUCAAAUGAGCCUUGUUAACACUUAAUCACACUGAUCAUGAGACAUUGUAUUGUUAUACUUAUGACUGGGCUUUGUGCCGUUACGGACUGCCUGGCAAAGUAAAGCAAAACCAAAUAAUGUAACUGAAGAGGUAGAUGUUGUACCUACUUCUCAAAUUGAUGUGCUCCUUUAUUUUAAGUGUUUGUGUCAAACACUAGUUGGACCUUUUUUUCUACCCCUGGGAUAAAUGUGCAUUUAUCUGUUUGAAGCUGUCUUGACUGAGGACUGAAAGGGAAAAUGGAACACAUUGAGCGAUGGUGUGUGUGUGUGUGUUCCACCACUGGUAUCAAAGGGUAAUAAUUCUGGUCUUGAUGUUUCAGUGCAUUUGCUCACAACAAUAAAGUUUUCUUUGACGAUCCAA